AUGACGCAAGAGGAGGCGGCAGUGUUCAUCCAGGCCUGGUGGCGGGGUACCCUGGUGCGCCGGACGCUGCUGCACGCGGCGCUCAGGGCCUGCAUCAUUCAGCGCUGGUGGAGGCAGAUGCAGGCGAGACGGCUGGAGAAGAGGCGGCGCGAGACUCUAGAUUCGUAUACACGGGACGAAUGGGCCGCGGUCAGGCUCCAGUCCUGGGUCCGCAUGUGGCGCAUCCGCCUUCGUUACUGCCGUUUGCUCCACGCGGUCCGCAUCAUCCAAGUGUACUGGCGCUGGCACAUUUGCCACACCCGGGGCUUUAUUCAGGGCCAUUACGACAUCAAAGAAAACCAACUGAAUCUUCAACUUGAAAUCUCUUUGGGUUCACAGGCUUGUAGGGUGCAGCAGUGCAUAGCCCUUCCAAUAAAGGAGUGA